AUGUGGUUUAAACUAAUAAUUAUUUCUGUUUUCGGUGUGGGUUGUUCGGUAACGACCUCCUUUGAUCUACGCGGGGUUGUGAACGGCAAUCGCAUGGCCGCAGUCCCCCUUGGCAUAUCCCCAGGUUUUGGAGAGCUGGACGUCGAGGGUAUCUGCACAAAAUCCGGAGUCGCAUGCCUGAAUUGUACGCAGGCCAUCACGUGCAUAGCAUUGCCGGGGGGCUGGUUGAAGGUCCCUUUAGAGAGCUGUACAUCGGACACCACUUGCAACGCCCUCCUGGGAGGUUGUUCCAAGGAGUCCGUACCAGAGUGUGACGUCACGAAUCAAAGAUUCCACCACAGCUGUGAACAGGUCGGCGUGUUCCCUGACGCUCACGACUGCAGGAAGUUCCACCUGUGCUCGCCUCCUGAAGGUUUGCCCGACGGGAGACCAGCUGACCACAGAGCCGCGUUGUGCCCGAGACAUUACGGAUACGACCCCAGAACCGCACAAUGUUCGGUACCUUUAGAGCACGGGCAAUGUAACCAGAGACCAGUACCCAAAUGCUUAACGGUCGGCCAAAACGGACGGCUGAGUGGCAGCCCUAACCACUACUACGUGUGCUUAGAUAAGCAUGGCUAUCUUCACCCGCAAGUUUUCGUAUGCCCUCACGGUUGGAUCUUUCGCGAGGCAUUCUGCUACCCUGAAAACGUCAUCAACAGCGCAUCAGACGAUUCGGCCAGCUCUGAAGAAAUCAAGAGUACAACUAUGAGGACUACCAGUACCAGUACCACAACGAAAUCAGAGGGAUUCUUCUCGACGGAGAAGUCGACGACUUAUCCGGCCGACACGUUUUUGGCCGACAAGUUUGACUUUAGUAAUUACGAAAGCGUAGACGAAACAAAAAAUCAAAGCGGUGACAGUUUCCUAACUUCCCUCGAAAGCUUCGGGGACUAUAAUUUUAAUUAG